AUCUUCUCUGCCCAAACCCGAGGCUCUCAAACUUUCAAAAUUCAAAUAUUUAUAGAGAUUAAAAUCGAAAAAAAAAAAAAAUUAAAGAGAGAGAUUGUGUGAGUUAAUUGCGAUGGCGGUGAUCAGGAAAGAUAUGGAUCGAAUCAAGGGUCCAUGGAGCCCCGAGGAGGACGACUCGCUCCAGAAGCUGGUGCAGAAGCACGGCCCCAGGAACUGGUCGCUGAUCAGCAAGUCGAUUCCGGGUCGGUCCGGGAAGUCGUGCCGGCUGCGGUGGUGCAACCAGCUGUCGCCGCAGGUGGAGCACCGCGCUUUCACUCUCGAGGAGGACGACACGAUUAUCCGGGCCCAUGCCCGGUUCGGGAACAAGUGGGCCACCAUCGCCCGCCUCCUCAACGGCCGGACCGACAACGCCAUCAAGAACCACUGGAACUCCACCCUCAAGCGAAAAUGCUCUGACGGCGGUGGCGUCGUUUUGAAUGGAGGGUACGAUGGUCAAUUUCUCCUUGACCACGAGCAGCCGCCUCUGAAGAGGUCCGUUAGUGCCGGGUCGGGCGUGCCUGUUUCCACCGGGCUUUACAUGAGCCCGGGUAGCCCGUCCGGGUCGGAUGUGAGCGAUUCCAGCGUGCAAGUCAUGUCUCUUCCCGACUGCCACGUGUACAGACCCGUGGCAAGAUCUGGCGGGGUUUUGCCUCCAGUAGAAACGACGUCGUCUUCCAACAACAGCAGUAACAGCGAGAAGGAGAACGACCCUCCGACUUCACUGUCUCUGUCACUUCCCGGGGUCGACGCCGGGGAGGUGUCGAACCGUGUUGCGGCGGCGACCGAGUCGAUCCCGGCUCCGGCUCCGAUUCCGGCUGCUCCGGUGUUGAAUAUGCCCUCGGAGUUGCUGGGAGUGAUGCAGGGGAUGAUAAGGAAGGAGGUGAGGAGCUACAUGGCGAGGUUGGAGCAGGGCGGGGUUUGUUUUCAGCAGGCUGCGGCUGCUGACAAUGACGGGUUUAGGAAUGUUGGGGUGAAUCGAAUUGGGUUUAUAGCAGGAUUGAGUGAGGGAGAAAGGUGCGGAGUAUUCCGGACAUUUUCCUAAUUACGAUGAUGGAAUGGAGCUCAAUGCAAAAGGUUUUGAGCUUUAUGGACAGAAGUAGCAGCUAGGCAGUGAAAACCCUGAUCAUAAAAUCUAUGGAGGGGUCUGUGGAGGGGGACGGAAGGAAGAAGAGGGGUGGUGGUGUUGUCUUUUUUUUUUUUAUUAUUAAUUUUUGCUUUUUUUUUUUUUUUAAUAAGUAAGGGAAAAUAAUAAUUUUGGUCAGUGUACAGAGAGAGAGAGAGAGAGAGAGAGAGAGAGGUAGAAGAAAGGUCAGAGUGGAAUCCAGUUCAAAGAGGGAAGGGAACUUUGGGCCUUGUUCAUCGAUAACCAUGCAACCUUUAAGGGAAGAAAAAUGGAAAGAAAAAAAAAUGGGAGGAGAAAAAAGAAAAUGAAUCCUUGAAAUUUCACUUA